AUGAAAAAUGUUGUAAAGAAUUUUCAUUGGGCAACACUAGUGGAGAUAAAUUUUAUUUUUUAUUCAUUUUUUCUUCCAGCCAUUCUAGUUUUUUGUCAUCUUAUUCUCACAACUGAUUUUAUGUGUUUUAAAUUCAAUUUUUUAGAAAAUUAUUUACAGAAUGAAAAGAGAAAUAAAAUUGAAAACGAGAAUGGGAAACUCUGCAACUGCGGACCUUUAUAUUUUCCAGAACCCGCCUCUGCAAACUCUACACCACGAAUUUGUUUUACUACUCACCAAUUAACAGAAUUGGAGAAGGAAUUCCAUUUCACUCCCUAUCUCAAUCCGAAACGUCGCUUAGAAAUCGCAGCAGAGUUAGGAAUCUCGGAAACACAAGUAAAAAUUUGGUUUCAAAAUCGUCGUAUGAAAAUGAAGCGUCAGAAAUGUAACAGGCGCCAAUAA